AUGUGGCCCUUCACUGGAAGAAAUGGAGAUCAACAGUGUAAUACAGGGUUAGGCGAUGGUCUACUGAACGAAUUGAAAUCUUUCCUUCUCAAAGAAAAUACAGAGGCAAAGCGAUUUGGAUCUACCGAGUCAACAAAAUUUGAUUCUUUGCCUCAUGACAGGCAAGUUCGCAGUAAGCUACAACGACUUCCACAAAUGACAGAUGAUGAGUUGUACAAAUUGGAAGAGUAUAAAAAUGCUAACCAGUUACACAAGACAGUCUCCAUCAACUGUGCCGAAAUUGAGUACAAUUUACAUCAAUGUUAUGAACAAUUUUCGACCAUUCGAAAUAUGUUUCAAUACCCAUGCUUUCAGCAGCAAAAUGACGUGAAAAGGUGUAAGAACUUACAGACUGAUGGAUUGAAAGUGUUACAUUAUCAAGAUUGCUAUAAUGUACAGCAAUGCAAUGCAAUGAAGUCAUUUGUGGAUCAGGUUUUUGUUAAAAACUUUGGUGAGUUUGGAGAUAUGAGUGGCAAGGAGGACAAGAUCGAUGCUUACUAUCGUGAUCUAAAUCAUGGAUUUAGAUACUUUUGGUCUUAG